CGAUAAGAACUUGCUGCUACUUCAGAGACCUUCUUCUCGUCUUGUUGUAUUCACUUCCCCGUCUCUGUGUGUCUGUGUUAGUCUUGACCCUCCCGGCCGCCGUAGUGUCUCCGGUUCCUUCCGUUCCUUCCCGGUCCCCCGGUCCUCUGCUGCUCCUCCCGGUUCUCUCUGCUCGCCUGUCAGUCGGUCAACAUGUCGGAGUACAACGCGGUGCCUCCUCCCGGUGGACCGGCAGCUGUCUCUCUCGGUACCGGAGCCGGAGGCAUCAAGAAGGACGCGUUCAUGGACGCGGUGCAGCGGGCCCGACAGAUUGCAGCUAAGAUCGGAGGUGACGCCGGUCCUCCCGUGAACAACAACACCACGUCAGAUGGCUUCCCGUUCCCUGCACAGAAACGACAGCUGGAGGACGCAGAUGAACCGGAGAGCAAGAAGCUGGCUGCACAGAGUGACUUGGAUUCAGCCAAUGCAUUGUCUAUUGGUGAACAGCUCGCUGCUCUUGCACAACAAAGGCUUGCUGAUGAUGAUGUCAGGCCCGCCACCAGCACAGAGGAUUACAGCGUACCAGACAGCAUGGUGGGACUCAUUAUCGGCCGCGGAGGUGAACAGAUCAAUAAGAUUCAACAGGAGUCAGCUUGCAAGGUUCAGAUAGCUCCAGACAGCGGAGGCCUUCCAGACAGGAGCGUCUCUCUCACUGGUUCCCAAGACUCCAUACAGAAUGCCAAGAGGCUGUUGGAGGAGAUAGUGUCCCGAGGAAGAGGCACCCCCCCGUCCUCUUAUCACGAGUCCACCAACGGGCAGAACGGCACGGUGCACGAGAUGAUGGUUCCAGCUGGCAAAGCUGGUCUUAUCAUUGGCAAGGGAGGAGAGACUAUCAAACAGCUGCAGGAGCGUGCCGGGGUGAAGAUGAUCCUGAUCCAGGACGCCUCUCAGGGACCCAACGUCGACAAGCCCCUGCGCAUUAUCGGAGAUCCCUACAAAGUCCAGCAAGCCCAGGAGAUGGUGCAGGAGAUCCUGAGGGAGAGAGACCACGGAGGCUUCAGUGAAAGAAAUGACUUCGGCUCCCGAAUGGGAGGAGGCGUGGACAUCCCUGUGCCGAGACACUCGGUCGGUGUGGUCAUCGGGCGCAACGGAGAGAUGAUCAAGAAAAUCCAGAAUGAUGCUGGAGUUAGGAUACAGUUCAAACAAGAUGACGGGACGGGUCCAGAUAAGGUCGCCCACGUCAGCGGCCCGCCUGACCGCUGCGAGCACGCCGCCCAGAUCAUCAACGACCUGCUGCAGAGCAUCAGGGUCAGGGAGGAGGGACAGGGGGGUCCCCCGGGUCCUCCAGGCAUGCCUGCAGGCAACAGAGGCCGAGGUGGGGGACAAGGCGGUUGGGGGCCCCCCGGAGGAGAAAUGACCUUCUCUAUUCCCGCCCACAAGUGUGGACUCGUGAUCGGCCGGGGAGGCGAGAACGUCAAAUCCAUCAACCAGCAGACGGGGGCCUUUGUGGAAAUCUCUCGACAGCCGCCCCCCAACGGAGACCCCAACUUCAAGCUCUUCAUCAUCCGGGGCUCGCCGCAGCAGAUCGACCACGCCAAGCAGCUCAUCGAGGAGAAGAUCGAGGGUCCUCUGUGUCCUGUGGGCCCGGGGCCAGGUGGACCAGGUCCUGCUGGUCCAAUGGGUCCCUACAACCCCAACCCAUACAACCCUGGACCUCCUGGGGCGCCCGGACCGCCACAUGGUGGUCCUCCAGGUCCUCACCAGUACACCCCCCAGGGCUGGAGCAACACCUUCCAGCAGUGGCAGCCCCAGGCACCCCAUGACCCCAGCAAGGCAGCAGCCAAUGACCCCAACGCGGCCUGGGCGGCCUACUACGCUCAGUGCUACCAGCAGCCGUCGGGGGCUGUGCCAGCCCAGUACCCGGCUAACCCGGCUGGAGGGGCCCAACCUUCAGGGGAGCAGACCCAGCCCGCUCAGACGCCGGGGUGCCAGCCGGACUACACCAAGGCCUGGGAGGAGUACUACAAGAAGAUGGGCCAGGCAGGCGGCUCUGCCCCCGGGACAGCAGCUGCAGCUCCAGGAGGAGCAGCAUCCACGACGGGGGGCCAGCCGGACUACAGCGCAGCCUGGGCCGAGUACUACCGGCAGCAGGCUGUGUACUACGGACAGACGGGACAGGCCCCCGGCCAGCCAGCCACCCCCCAGCAAGGAGGACAGACGCAGUGAGAGUUGACGGCAGAAGGUCUCGGGAGAGAAUCCGGGAGACGGGAUGACGAAGACGACCCUGAAUUUGAGGCCAGGAUCCAGCCUGUGAGGGGAAAUGAAACCCUUCCUCUCCACCAAACACCACCGGGAUACUUUUUAAUGAAAAUGUGAACUUUACAAUCGUUGUAGUGCUUUGCUGCUGAGGGGACGGAGAGGACUGAUCAGAGAAAUCCUUUUAAAGCUCUCUUUGAUUUGAUUUGCUAAUUUUUUUCUUUAUGAAAUUGUCCCUUUCCCCCUCAGCGGAGGCGUGCAUGGUAUUUCAACUUGUGUACAUUUGGAUUGUUUUUCUUUUGCUUUUGAAUGUGUUCACUUGCAGUAUUUUGUACGCCGUGUUGACUCGUGCAUGCGGGCUGACUGACGACUGCUGCAGCUAAUAAAGAGCAGAGCAGGGCCACCUCAGUCAGUCUUCUGCUGGUGACGUGCAAGUUAUGUGACAAUAUUUUAACUGGGGAGGCCAUGACGGGUAUCGAGUCCUUGAAGGUUGAAACACAACUUAUUUUUUUUAAAUUGCUCAAAGGCUGCAGGAUUUCUGGGCCUUAUAUCAGGUUAUGCAUCUUUGUUUGGACCUUGGAUGCAAAUAAAUACCCACCAGUGUGCGGAUCACUACAUGAGGUAGUAUGUUUGGUUUAUGUUGCCACAAUUUAAAGACUUUUCUUACCUCAAUUUGUUUUGCAUUGUUGUCACACACCCAUCUGCUGUUCAAGCAACUCGUUCGCCUUGUGAAACGUCCAUUCAGGGGACAGAAAAAGAUGCUUUCUAAAAGUUUGGCCGGCUAAUUAUCUCAUAUUUCUUGGAAAACUCAAAAGUGAUUGUCAGACCUUUUAAAACCAACACAUACUGCAUUCACCUUGAUGCAACUGCACAUCUGUCUUUGUCACCCAGCUGCAGGUUUUUCAUCUCAAGGUUGCACGUGGUUGCUUUUUACACUUUGUUUUUUAUGGAUGCCAACGAGAAUGAAAUUUCGUCUUCCAAUGAGUCUCACUUUAAGAUAUAUUGUAUAUGUACAUAUACUCAGCAAUAUAAGGCUGUUGGUUUUGACUUAAACAGAGAUGUAUCAGGUAUGAAUCUUGUAUUUCUGAACGGCAGCUGUGAGCCUGCCUUUGGCGGCAGUGUUGAUAUUGUGAAUAGAUGACCACCAGCAGCAAUACUCUCAAUUAAAAUGGGGCAAAUGUCGAUCACUUUAAAA